AUGCAGUCAUCGACCUUCACGUUGACGGACGCCCCGCAGGCUCCUCCCGAGGUGGUCCGGCUGAAUCUGCGCAGCCAGAGCCUGUGGGAGCGCAUCCAGGAGAAGGCCCGAUUGCUGGCGUACUUCCACAACGAGCAAGAGAAGGUGAUGCGCUCUGCCGAGAAGCGCGGCUACUACACCGAUGAAGAGCUCCGUUUCCUCAACAAUCUUCUGUCGAGUAAACUGGACGAGACCAUGGACCGCUUCAAGAGGGACGUGAGCAGCAUGUUCGCCAUCACCAAGGAAGACUCGCUUGAAAUCGUGGCUCUCAAGGUUGAGGUCGGCUCCAAGCUGUUGGAGUGGCUCAACAACCUGGUGGAGUGGUUGCUGGCCAAGCUGACCGCCAUCUUCGAGAAGGCCAAGGAGGCCCUGGAAUGGUGCUGGACCCAGGUGAAGGAGCUCUUCGGUGUCCUCUACGCAGUCCUCAAAAAAUAA